CUACACUCAUCACCCCUCACCUCCGGGGCGUAUAAUGUCUCAAUCAGCUAGGCAAGAGCAUCGUCACUUGUUGGCUAGGCUUUCUCGGAUCGAUGCCCGUGACUUGGUGGGUCAGGUAGACGUGAAUUAUGGGCGCUAUCCAGCUUCUGGGAGUUUUGCACGCGCUUUUGCUGGAGUCUGGCAAUCAAAACAUGUCUGUGUCAAGGUCCUUCAUAGCGUGGACGUGAUGGAUAAUUCCAAGUUUUACGAUUUUUCCCGGGUGAGUCUCCACCGCAUGUCCAAGCGCCUGCUCCGGCUUACCGACACCGCAUGAAGAGGCUUGUGCGCGAAUUGAUGAUUUGGCGUACCCUCCAUCAUCCAAAUGUGGUAGAACUACACGGUUGGAUUCUCGAGUUAGAUGAAGCAGACAAGCUAACCGCCAGUUUCAUUUCCACUUGGUGUGAGGGAGGUGACGUCAAGCGGUAUCUUCAAAGAAACCCGGAUGCUGACCGCUGUCGAAUCAGUCAGAUUUGCUCGGCCGCAGAAGGCGUCGCCUAUCUUCACCUGAGAGGAAUUGUCCAUGGAGACAUCACCCCGAGAAAUGUGGUGAUUGACCGUGAUGGAUUAGCGAAGUUAUGUGAUUUUGGGGUCUCAUCUAUUCUUAACGACGAGUCGACAUAUGCCGAAGGGUCGAGUGUGGUUCGCAGCCUGCGUUUCAUAGCUCCUGAGCUCUUGAAUGUCGAUGACCCAGUGGUCCAUCGAGAUGAGAGGAGCGAUGUGUGGGCAUUCGGAUGUACAUCCGCUGAGAUUCUUAGUGACCGGCCUCCCUAUCACGGGAUACAUGAGUUUCAUGUUCCGUCUGAAAUAGCGGGUGGGACACCCCCGUAUAUUUGGGAUCGACCAGAUGAGGUUGGGGAAGUCAUUGUACGAUGUAUGACGUUUCAGCGAGAUUCGCGGCCGGGCAUGCUGGAUGUAACUAGAUCUUUCAGACGCCUCGGCCUAGUGACCGGAGGUUCCACACUCGCUCGGUCAACUUGUGGUAUGCUGCCAUCUGGCGGAGCACGCAAUGCUUUACCGCCGAGAAUAUCCUCAACAAGGAUAGGCACAGACAACAUGCAACGCAACCGUGAGCCCGACAUCCUCGGUCACAUCCCACACGAUGCAUACACAAUCUACACGCUCGAAAAGUUCUGCAUGGGCCUCCAACGCAGUUCACUGGCGCGAGGUGCACAUAUUAUAUCACUCAAACGACAUGGGGGGAAGAUUGGCGUCCCCCAUCGGUUUUUGAUCCUUCGUGUCCAGCAAAUUCAUGGUCACAGCGGCGACGAAUUCUAUAUCCGUCUUGACCGGCGCCAUGACAAAAAGAUCCCGCUCUGGAAGUUUAUGUUUAACGGCGGGGUUUCUGAUGCUAUGGAUUCUGUGAGCUUUGUCGUUGCAUCGUCUCCAUAUCACUCAGUUCGAUAAUCCAGGCCAGCUUCUCUCGCAAUGUAGAAUAUCUUUGUGAUUGUGCUCCAGAGGAAGAAGCUCUGAUGACUUUUCCAGCUCCUGUGCCAUUGAUUAUGUUCACCAAGCUCCUUGAGGUCAUUGUCAGGGAACUAAAGACGUAUAGCUUCAGUAAGGAAAACUGUUGGUUCUUCACUUCGAUAAUCCAAGAGUGCUUCAUCAUCCUAUUUGAUGGCCGGUUCGAGCAUGGGGAACUCAACAACCCAGGCCUAGGAAUGUCUCGGCGAGCACAAGUUAGGGACAAGCUUUACCUCCAGUUUCCAGAACGGGC